UGUCUCAAUCGAGCAUGCAUCACCUGCUUCGUCACCACCACCAUCAACACCACCACGAUUACCCACACUUUACCAACGCUGGAGGGACUCGCCGGGCCAGCCUCGCUCCCAUUACGUCAUGGCAGCUCCCCCCUCUCUCUCUCUCUCCCCCUCUCGCUCGCUCUCUUCCUCAGACACGCUCACGAUCGGCGCGACCGGGAAAUCUGCGGGGUGCACGGUGCCCAGGGGCAGGGGGAGAGUGACGGAGGCAGAAAGGGAGAGAGAGAGAAAGCGGGGAUAGACGCACCCGCAGCCCCAUUCACUUCAUUCCCAAGGAAUAAAAUAAUAAUUAAGCGCCUCCCCGCGUCUCCCCCGCCCCCCUGCAUCCCCCGCUGCCACCCCACGCCGACGAGAACAGCUCCCUUCUGCCUUCUCUCCGCUCUCCCUGCUCUCCCUGCUCCCGCUCUCUGCCGCCCCGCAUCCUCUACGCCCUGCGACAGCUGCUGUAGGAAGGGGCGCGUCACCUCGGAAAGAUGGGGCGCGCGCGCUGCGCUCUAUCGCGCAGGCAUGGCCCCGUCGGGGAAACGUGGAAUGGGCGCGAAGGCGAGGAGAACCUGUAGCCGCUGCUUGGACUCGCCCCUUGCUAUAAGAAGAGGAAGCAGGAGGAGGAGGUUUGGAUGUCGUUCUGUGACACGGGAUGCUGAUCCCGCAUUAGCGCCUCCUCUGUCGAGCGAGGUUCUCAGAUCUCGCGCGGCUGCUCACUCGCGCUGUCCCGGGUGCUGCUCCCCUGGGAUCCGCUGGGCGCUGCUGGGCGCCGCUCGGAGCUACUGACAGUCGCCGGGGAGCCGCUGUGGGGGGAGGCGCGCGGGGUGGUGCCACCAUGGGGAGCGCCAGUAGCGCCGAGGUGACCGUAAGCGGCAGCGGGAGCCCCGAUACGCGCAGCCUGCACGGGACGCCGCCGCGACGCCUGCCCGUGCCCAGCCCCGAGGACCUGGAGGCGCGGUUCUCCGCUGUGCUGAGCUCCAUGAACCUGCCUCCGGACAAGGCCAAGGCUCUGCAUCAGUACGAGGACGAGAAGAAGUGGGAGCUGGUCUGCGACCAGGAGCGAUUCCAGGUUAAGUCCGCCCCCCACGCAUGCCUCGCGCAGCUCAAAGUGCACCUCAACGCGGGCCUCGCGCGCAAGUUCAAGAGGCGCGUGCAGGAGUCCACGCUGGUCUUGCGUGAGAUCGAGAUCUCCCUGCGGACCAAUCACAUCGGGUGGCUGCACGAGUUCCUGAACGAAGAGAACCGGGGACUCGAUGUGCUCGUGGACUACCUCCACUACGCGCAGUGCUCGGGCACCUAUGACACGGACGGUCCGGACACGUGGGAUAGCGCUAGCUCCCUGGAGAGGCCGAGGGCUGGAGGCGGCUCCAGCGCGGAGGCAGAGAGCGGAGCGGCGAACGCGGCCAGGCAGCUCACGCUAAGGCACAGCUCCAUGAGCAGGCGGCGGACAUCCCGCGCAAGGGCGCUGACCCCCGUGAGCCAAGACGACGUUCACGUGUGCAUCAUGUGCCUGCGGGCCAUUAUGAACUACCAGUACGGAUUCAACAUGGUGAUGGAGCACGCGAGCUGCGUGAACGAGGUGGCGCUGAGUCUCAACAACAGGAACCCCCGGACCAAGGCUCUGGUCCUGGAGCUGCUUGCCGCCGUCUGUCUGGUCAUGGGAGGCCACGAUAAGAUCCUCGCUGCCUUUGACAACUUCAAAGAGGUGUGCGCGGAGAGGUAUCGAUUUGAGAAGCUCAUGGAGUACUUCAGGAUCGACGACACCAAGGUGGACUUCAUGGUGGCGUGCAUGCAGUUCAUCAACAUCGUGGUGCACUCCGUGGAGGACAUGAACUUCCGCGUGCACCUGCAGUACGAGUUCACUCACCUGGGGCUGGACGGUUACCUGGAGAGGUUGAAGAACACGGAGAGCGAGCGGCUCCAGGUGCAGAUCCAGGCGUACCUGGACAAUGUGUUCGACGUGGGCUCCCUGCUGGAGGACGCCGACACCAAGACGGCCGCGCUGGAGCGCGUGGGCGAGCUCGAGGAGCAGCUGGGCAUUGCCCGCGGGAGACUGCGGGACACGGAGGACGAGGCCCUGGUGCGGAUCGUGGACUUGGAGCAGCAGCUCUGCAGGGCCAACGAGCAGCUGGUGGCCAGCAAGGAGCUGAACCGGGAGAUGAGCUGCCGCGUCGUGCAGCUGGAGCAGCGGCUCAAAGAGACCGAGGCGGCUCCUGGGCCCCCCGCUGUGAGGACGAAGGGGGCUCCCGACUGCAGGCCUGCAUCUGCGACCCAGGGCCCAAGGCCACCAGCGUCCCCGACGCCCGCAUCCCAGGACGAGCCCGGUGCAGGAGUUGCUGCCCCGUCAGGCAGAGGCCGGACACCUCCGGCAGGGGGCGCCGCGGCUCCGCCUGAGCCGUCGGCCCUCGGCUCCUGCGCCCGGGAGUCGGGGCCCCUUCCUGCCCACGAGCAGCCCGCGGGCGAGCCGCCGGCGGAGCCCCCGGCAGGGCCCCCACCGCCUCCGCCGCUACCACCUCCUCCUCCGCCUCCUCCUCCGCCACCCGGAGCACCGCCACCGCCAGGGACGGCGACGGAAGCGAGAGCGCCCCGCGUCAAGACGGCCGUGGUGCCGCGGUUCCGCAUGCCGGCCUUCAACUGGGCCGCGCUGCAGCUGGCGCAGAUCCACGGCACAGUCUUCCACGAGCUGGAUGACGAGAGGGUCCUGCAGGAGCUGAACAUGAGCGAGUUUGAGGACCUGUUCAAGACGCGCGCCCAGGGCGGACCCACGCGGUCGCCGUGCCGCGCCGCCGCGACGCGCUCCCCAAGCCGCCGUCUCGUCGUCAUGGACUCGCACCGCGCCAAGAACCUCGCCAUCACGUUGCGCCGCGCGGGCCUCCCUGACGGAGACGUCGUCACCUGCAUAGAGAAACUGCACGUGGGCCGCCUGCCGCUGGACUUCGUGGAGAGCCUGACCCGCCUGGUGCCCACGGAGGUGGAGGGCCGCCGCCUGCGCCAGUACGAGCGCGAGGGGCGGCCCCUCGGGGCGCUGCCGCCCGAAGAGCGCUUCAUGCUGCGCCUGAGCGCCGUGGCGCGCCUCCCGCAGCGCCUCGCCGCGCUCGCCUUCAUGGGCAACUUCUCCGACAGCGCCUCGCGUCUCCUGCCGCAACUCAACGCAGUCAUCGCGGCGUCUCUGUCCCUGAAGUCGUCGCAGAAGCUCAAGAAGAUACUCGAGAUCGUCCUGGCCUUUGGGAACUACAUGAACGGCAGCCGGAGAGGAGCCGCUUACGGAUUCAAGCUCAACAGCCUCGACCUGCUGCUGGACACCAAGUCCACGGACCGCUCCCGCACGCUGCUGCAGUAUCUGACGCGCGUGGUGCGCGAGCACUACCCUGAGCUCAGCGCCUUCCACGCAGAGCUCCAGUACCUGGACAAGGCGGCCUCAGUGUCGUUGGACAGCGUGCUGCUGGACGUGAAGGAGCUGGAGGACGGUAUGGAGGCGACGCGCAGGGAGCAGGAGGCCGCGGGGGAACACGCGAUCAUCCGCGACUUCCUCGCACAGAACUCGGAGAUGCUGCGCCGGCUCCAGAGAGACGCGCACGCCGCACAGGAGGCCUACUCCGCCGUGGUCGAGUACUACGGCGAGGAGCCCAAGAGCACGCCGCCCUCCGCCUUCUUCCCGCUCUUCGCGCGCUUCGUGUGCGCGUACAAGCAAGCGGACGCGGAGGACCAGGCGCGCGACAAGCAAGAUCAGAGCGCCGGAGAGACGCGCGGGGCCGGGAGGGGCGCACGCGGAACCGACGAUAGCGGCACCGGCGGCGGCGCGCCCGGCACGGGCACUGCGCAUGGAAACGCGGUGCCCAAGCGCGCGGAGCUCGAACUCAUUGCCGAGCUCAAGAGGAGGCAGCAGGCGAAGGAGCGCAUCGUUUACGAGGGCAAAGACGGCGCCAUCGAGGACAUCAUCACAGUGCUCAAGGCUGUCCCGUUCGCUGCUCGCACUGCCAAGCGCUCCUCGCGUCUGCUCUGCGAUCUUCCGCUGCCCGAAGACCUCCUGGCGCCCAGCCUCGUACGCGCACGCGGCCGCUCCGCGCUCCUCUUAGCGCCGGACGCGACCCAACGCAACCCCGCAGCCUCCCGUUGACACGGCUGGGCCGUGAGCGCGUGCCCCGCGGCCUGCGGAGGCCUUCAUCCAGCAAUGGAGCGGUCGUGGUUGAUGCACACGAAGCUCUUUUCUGUAGAUAAGUGGUUCUGCUGGUGGGAAACGGGGGGUUAGGGGAAUGGGCGCGGGGCAGAUUACGGGCGGACUUUGCCGAAUGCCCAGCAAUGUCCAUGAUUGUUCAUACCGAUUGCUGUACAGGACAGUUCGUUAUCUGUUUUAAUAAUAGUAAUGCCGUCUAUGCAGGGAAGCCUCGCUGAGUCUAGAUACUCGUUUUUAGGAGGGUCCUGCGCUUGAGACGUUUGGCCAAUCCCAUUAACGAGGGGCGCCACAGUGGCUAGGAGAUGUUAACUACUUCGCCUGGUAUACAGGUCGUGAGUUCGAUCCCGACCCUGACGAUGCCUGUAUAUCUUAAGUUUGCGUGUC